CGCGCACAGCGCUAGCAAAGCCCGUCCGGUCCGCUAGCAGAAGCGUGGGCGGUGAAGAUGGCGGCGUCCUAAGAGCCUCUCCUAAUUUGUUUAUCAAAGUUUUGUUCCUCAUGUCCAACUUUCUCCUGUAUUGAUGGUUUAAACCUGACACAACAAUUAUGCAUUCCUUUACAGCCAUUUUUUUUCUGCUCGUGUGUUUUCAAGUUGCUUUUGCUGGUGAAGACUUUUAUCAGUUACUGGGAAUAGCUAGAGAUUCUGACACCAGAGAAAUUAGAAAGGCAUUUAAAAAGUUAGCAGUUACACUUCACCCUGACAAAAACCAGGAUGAUGAAAACGCACAUGAAAAGUUCAUUAAACUAACUCGGGCAUAUGAAGUUCUAAAAGAUGAAGACCUGAGAAAAAAAUAUGAUCUACACGGAGAAGAUGGCUUGCCAGGAUCAAGUAAUCAGCAGCCAAAAUAUCACAGCUACUCAUACUAUCGAGAUAAUUUUGGCAUUUAUGAUGAUGACCAAGAAAUUAUAACAUUAACCAGAAGUGAUUUUCAGCAAAGUGUUCUCAACUCCAAUAGCCUAUGGUUCAUUAACUUUUAUUCAGCUAUGUGUUCUCAUUGCCACACUCUUGCACCUGUAUGGAGAACUUUGGCACAAGAAAUGGAAGGUGUCUUAAGGUUUGGUGCUGUUAAUUGUGAAGAUGAGUGGCAGCUUUGCCGAAGUCUAAACAUAAGAUCAUAUCCUUCACUCUACUUGUACCCAAGUGGACAUAAAUAUGAAUAUGACAGAUCUCUUCCAGAGCUCCGUAAAUUUGUUUUAAGCAAGCUAAAAACCAAUCUUAUUCACAUUCGUAGUAAUCAGUGGGUGAAUCUUAUUAAAUCUGAUAUUAAUAGAGGGCUGUCUUGGGUUCUGUUCCUGUGUGGAGGAAAGCAGUUUGAAGAAUGUCCGUCAUCUGAAACUCGCCUUAAAGUUGGCUCCAUUCUGGAGGGAUUGGCUGGCCAGGGAUCAAUUGAUUGUGAUACAGAUGAGGAAUGGUGCAAAGAAAUGAGUCCAUCAGGAGCAAAUAUUGUUUUUUGGAAACGGGAAGGUGGAAUGGAUUCAGUUGAUGGGCAUUAUCAUGACAUAAAUAGUCAUGAUGCUCAGGAAAUCACUAGCCAUAUAUUUAAUCUUCUACCAGAUCCUGCUGAUCUGGAUGAGGAAGCCUUUCAGGAAAUUCAUGCUCAACUCUCCCUUGACCCUUCCUCGUCCUGGCUUGUCUACUUUUAUAUUGGUUCACCUGAGGAACAAACCAAAGAAUUGAAGAAAUUACCUUCACUUCUUCCCACCCUGAGAAUAGGUCGGGUGCAUUGCGGGAAACAUUCCAAACUUUGUACCAAGUGGCAUGUUCAUCGAUAUCCAAUGUUUGCUGUGCUGAAGCCAGGUGGUAAAUUUGAGGUGUAUCAUGGCCGGGAGAUCGCACAUGAUGUUGCUAACUUUGCCAAAGAGAGUAGUGCUGCUCCUAACUUACACACACUCUCUUCAGAAGAUUUUCCAGAUGUGCUGCACAACUUUGAAGGUACAAAGAGUGCCUGGUUUGUGGAUUUUUAUGCACCAUGGUGCCCACCCUGUAUGCAGCUACUCCCAGAGCUUCGAAAAGCAAGUCAACAAUUUGAGGACUCGGUCAAUUUUGGUACAAUUGAUUGCACCGUUCAUUCAAACCUCUGUCAACGCUACAAUAUCCACGCAUAUCCAACCACAAUGUUUUUCAAUAAUACUCAAUCAGAGCCGUUUAGGGGGGCCCAUACAGCCUCUGAAAUUAUUGAAUUUAUUCAAGAGAUGUUGAAUCCAACUGUUGCAAAGCUGUCAGAAACAGACUUUUAUGAGAAAGUUGGAAAUAAAAACAAAGAAGAACUUUGGCUUAUAGACUUUUUUGCUCCAUGGUGUGGGGCCUGUCAAGAACUAGCACACCAGUGGAGAAAACUAGCCAAGAUGGUUUCGGGAAUACCUAAUAUUUUCAUCGCUCAAGUGGAUUGUACAAUUGAAAGGGCUCUAUGUGCAAACCAAGGUAUCCGCUCGUAUCCCACGAUUCGAUUAUAUCCUGUUGGAAGUCGUGGUCUCAACUCUGUUGCCAUGUACAAUGAUUACCACAGAGAUGCAUAUACCAUUCGGGCUUGGCUGUUCACAUUUAUCCCAUCUUCAGUGAUAGAACUCACUGAAGAAACAUUUGAAAAGCAUGUUCUCCACAGUGAAAAGCCAUGGCUUAUUGACUUUUAUGCCCCAUGGUGUGGACACUGCCAGCACUUUGCUCCAGAAUUUCAGCUGCUAGCCCAGAAACUUGAGGGCAGAGUUAAAUGUGGUAAAGUGAACUGUGAUGAUCAUAGAGAAAUGUGCCGCAAAGCUUAUGUUAGAGCCUAUCCAACUGUCAUGUUCUAUUAUCCUCAAACAAUAUAUCCUGACCAGGGAGAAGAAAUUAAUUCCCAAAGAUCAGACCAAAUACUCAAGCAUGUUGAGAAAGUUCUUUUAAGUCUAGGAUCCGAACCUUCACAUGAUGAACUAUAAGUAUCAGAGCGGUAAUAUGGGCUAUAGUGUUCAUAGUCACUUUUAAUUCGGUUUUGAUACAUGUGCUUUCCCAGAAUAUAAUGCAUGAGGGAAACUGGAUGUUUAGAUGAUGACAAAUGAUUGCUCUUCAAUUUGGUGGUGCCUUUGGCUUAAAUUCAUUUCCAAUUAAUGAACCCAUGAAACAUUGCCAAAUCUGCCACAAUUCUACAAAUUGUGAUCUCUUUUCCCAGAACUCCAAUUUAUUUAUUUUUCUGUUUUUAUCAUGUUUUAUAGCAUUUUACCUGCUUUCACAUUUGUUUUUUCACCAUUUUCCUUUUGAUUUCUUUUCUUUUAAGUAAAUUUUGCAUAUUUUUACUAUUUUUAUGUUCUAAGUCGUAUAUUGAAUGUGAUUACCCUGAGAUAAAUUUUAAAACUGUGUUUAUUUUUGUAUCACACCUUUCUCUUUUGGAAAGGCUUUUCCUAGAAUAAUUUUAAUUAUUGCUUAUUUAUGUGUUGCUGUACUCAAAAGGGACUACAAACUUUGUGCCAAAAAUGUUGUUCCUUUGGUCUUUUAUUGCUGCAUCACAUGGUUUUUUCACUGUUGUAAUUUUUGUUCAUGGAGUGCAGUAUAUUUUAUACUGGAAUGCGGGGAAGGAUGGUUUAACUUCAUUAAAAAUGAACUUAAUUUGGGAAAAUGUAUUAUUGCCUUAUAAAAGAUGCUCAUCUUAAUCAGAAUGAGCAGUGUAGUUUGUGUUUACCAAAGCUUGUCAAACAGUGAUAAUAUAAUGGUGUUGAGUGUUUGUGAUCUGAGAUUAAAAACUUAAUUUAAAUGUUAA